GCGUGCCCGUUCGACUCUCACCUUCUUCUUUCUUCUCACCAUCAUAUUCGCGUUUGCUCCUUCUCAUCAUCGCCCACGAUCCCGCCGAUCCGCCUUCUACUCCUCAUGUACACCGCUCAACAUCAGGUCCUCGCUGCCGCAGCCACCGUGCUAUGGGCUUAAUGACAUGCCGCCUCAAGGGAUCCCUUCCAUCGUCUCGUCGCGGCGUCUUUCGAUGUCGACCGGCGUACGACUGGGUACUUGUGAUUGCUUAGAUGCAUCGCAGGGAUACGGCGAGGAUCGUGGUGGGCGGGCACCCUGGUAUCGUCGCGCAGCUCAACGGGCUGUCGUGGGGACCGGCUGCACUUAGUUACUCAUGUAUCCCCAUUCCUCCUCCUCCCUCCUCGCUGCGCGCACUCGCCUUGGCAGAUCUUCGCCGGGCGACUGCGCGGUCUUCUUCUUUGGUGCGUAGCAUGCUUCCCGCGAGCUCGCUCAUUACUGACUCCCCGCCCAUGCCCUCGCUCUCGCGUCGCAAGCCGCUCAAUGAUGGGCCCUCGCCGCCGCAGCCACCGUGCUAUGGGCUUAACGACUUGCUUCGUCUCAUCGCGACGUCUUUCGAUGGCGUCCGGUGUACGACUUGUGUUUGCUUCCUUGCAAUAGCUGGCAUACUGCGAGGAUCUCUUCGGAGUGGUUUGAUAUGUUGUGUGAUCCUUUGUUCUCACGAGCUACAAUUUCUUCUUUACGCUCUUCGCCGUCCCAGCAUCGCCGGCACGUUUCUGGUGCGAGUGGACAGUCCGGAUCGAGGGCGUCUGUGGGUUCCUGUAGCCGUUCAUCAUCUGCUUGUCGUGUCGUAUGUAGAAGGUCAUUUCUUGAUUGAACAAUAUUGUUCAUCCGAAU